AAAUUAAUUCAGUCGUGUGUUAAACAUAAAUAAAUGCGGUUCUUUAAAAUUGUGACGUGACAAAUAAUGUCAGCUUUAUUUCAAACGACUUUAGUGCAACAUUUAGAAUUUGGUCAGAAUUUGGUGAUAAAAGCACAGGCCGAGCCCGAUGCAACAUGGUUCAACUUCAGUUUAACAACUGCAAAGAUGGGAAAUACUCCGUAUGUCGAUAUAGGUCUUCACAUGUUAGUAUCUGUUAACGAGGGUGUCAUCGUGUUCAAACAAUGCCUAAAGGACAAUUGGAAAUAUUUGAAAUUAAUAGAAUUUGAUACCGCACAGUUUCUUGGUGUCUUCAGCAUCAAUAUAAUACUGGAUGAGCAAAAUUAUCACAUUGGCAUCAAUAAUGAACCCUGCAUUUACAUCAAAUACGGCAUACCACCGAAACGUUUAAAUAACUUGAGAAUCAAUGGCCACCUGCAGAAAAUCAAACAAGUAGAUCAUCGUAAACAUUUUCCCUAUCUCUGGCCACCGAUCCAGCUACCCGAGAAUUUCGUAGAUUUUAGUAAUGAACAACCCAUUCCAUUUGUCUGCAAUCAGGUGAUGGUGUUGAAAGUGAAGUUGUCGGGCAACAGUAAAGGACGUUUUAUAAUACAAUUUCGUAAUGUCUGGGAGAUUGUGCGAGAGGAGUUGCACAUGAGUAUACGCUUUGAAACGAAAAAGAUUGUGUGUAAUUCAAAAUUGCCUAAAGGAAAUGGAGAUGAUUUGGAAUACGGCAAAGAGGAAUAUGUUAAAGAUUUCCCUUUUGAUGAUUUCUCCAAAACCUUUAAGCUUGCUAUUGCUUUUACUGAGAGUUCAUUUAAGAUUGCCAAAAAUGGUGCACUUAUCUGUGAUUAUGCCUACAGAACUCCAGGUGUUUUAAAGGAUCUGAUGGGGGUGAAAAUGUUUGGUUCCGGUGGCCUUAAUGUACGAGUUUGUAGUAUUGAUCACGUUCUUUUAAAUGAAAUCCAGUGUAAAGAUUUUGCUACUUAUUCGAUAAUGAAAUAUACUAGAUAACGAAUUUUAUAAUUUUA